GGCAUAGGGUCCCUACAUAUUGACCCCAACCCUUGACCUCCGGCGUCCGCUUAUCUCUUCCUCUCGCCCAAGGAAAAAAGACGAGACAGAUUCGAACUAAAACCUCUCGCGGCCGACGACCUAGCUCCAGACCUAACCCGAGAUGUCGGACGCCGAUGAUUACCGUUGCUUCGUCGGGAGCCUUUCGUGGAACACUACGGAUGUGGAUCUCAAGGAUGCGUUUGGGAAAUUCGGUCGUGUUACUGAGACCAAGGUGGUUCUUGACAAAUUCUCUGGCCGAUCACGUGGCUUUGGAUUUGUAACUUUUGAUGACAAGAAGUCCAUGGAAGAAGCUGUUGAGGGUAUGAAUGGAAUCGAUCUGGAUGGAAGGAAUAUUACUGUUGAAAGAGCACAACCUCAAGGUUCAGGCAGGGACCGUGAUGGAGAUAGAGACAGGUAUGGUGGUGGUGGCCGUGAUUUUGGAGGUGGUCGUGGUGGGGGUCGUGGUGGUGGUGGUGAUUGCUACAAAUGCGGCAAGCCUGGCCAUUUUGCAAGGGAGUGCCCUUCUGGCGAUGGUGGGGACAGGUAUGGUGGCAGGGAUGACAGGUAUAGUAGCAGGGAUGACAGGUAUGGUGGCAGGGAUGGCGGCAGAGAUGACAGGUAUGGUGGCAGAGAUGAUAGGUAUGGGGGUAGCAAUGGAAGCAGCCGUUAUGGGCCUGACCGUGGUGGUGAUCGCUAUUCUGGGAGCCGUGAUGGAGGAAGCCGUGAUGGAGGAAGCCGCAGUGGUGGUGGCGGUGGCGAUAGAUACAGCCGUGACAGGUCUGGACCGUAUGAUCGUCGCAGCCGUGAUGAAUACUGAUCUUGAUGAUUCUGUCUCAGGUAUGAAAGCUAUUGGAAAAUACUAGUGGUAUGGUUGCUUUAUAUUACAUAAUGCAGCAAAUGCUUUGCUGCUGUGUACCCUUAUGAGAAGUUUGAUGCUUUUGUUACUCGUUUACUAGUGCUUGGUUUACCCAAUGUUCCUAUCUGGAUUUGGCUUGUAACCGGUUCCUCGGGAGCUUCAGUGGAUUGCGUUAUUUCUGUCUGAGUUAUAUUUGGGAUCCA